AUGGAUAUAAAGAAGGAAAUGGAUGUCAAGCCUAAUAUGAAACGGGAAAGGGUUGUGAAGCCGUAUACGAGAGAUGCGGCCACCGAUGCGAUGAUAUUAGUGUCCGUCCAGUGGUUAUACCCAGAAGUGGAUAAGUUUUGGCAACCGGUGGCCACUUAUCAGACAGUGGUUGACCUCAAGCGACACAUCCGCGCAUCCCUAGUGGACAGGGAUGUGGUGAUGGACGAGACCAAAGUGGACGUGUAUUGGAGGGGCGGCCGACUCCUGGACACCAUAAAAAUCAGUCAAAUACUGGUUGACGGCGAGUAUGAGGUGGAGUUGAGACCACGAAAGGUCAUCACCAAUGGGACCAACUCUGGGGCCAACACUUCCACCACCAAUGCUGAUAACCACACAUAUAGUGCUUCCAAUGAUAGCCGCCAAUCGAUGUCCACAACCAAUGAUAGGGCGAGUGGACAGCCAUUGAUGAGUAGCACCGGACAGACAUCUAGUGCUUCGAAGUCAAAGUCGGAACCAAUGGAAGUGAUAACCAUUGAUGACGACGAAGACAGUGAAUCCGAUGCUAGACCUAUCCAUUUGUCUACAAUCACUUCAUCGGUGGUCACCAAUGGUUCGGGCACCGGUAGGUCCACCCCUGCACCACCACCAACACCGGUAGCAUUGGCUCCAGUGUCGACCAAUAAUCAAACGAGUAAUGACCGCACGCACAGCGCUUCCAAUGAUAGUUUGAGCGCCAGUACGUCAACCCCAUCGACGCCAUCAUCAGCACCGAUAGCUACUAAUGGUAGCCAAACUGAUAGUGAUAUCGCCAGCACCAUUAGCUUAAGACCUGUGCCCACUGCUCAACACCUGUUCCCGUGUCCUAUGAAAGGAUGCGUUUAUAAGUGUAGCCUCAAGAGUGUACUGACAUGUCAUCAGCGGUACUGUCGGCCUAAGACUGGUGACCAACUCAAGCUCCUGAAGUCCUAUCCCUGCGAACAGGUGUCCGCCAAUAGCCCACAAUUGGUGCGCCAACUCUAUCAUAGAUAUCCCGUUCCUGUUCCCCGACAUAACUUUUCCAAUGAGUCCGACCAGUACUCCGCAGAUGUCUGA